UGGCAACAAACAACCGUAUCGGCAUGGCAUGAAAUGUCAACGAAAUAUAUCAAAACUUUGUAAACAUGUGCGUUUAGACAUCGAAUGCUUCAUAAAGCAGUGAGUGAAGUGAUUCAAACGGUUUUUCAAAGUAAAGUGCUGAAGAGUUUUAAUCAAAACUAUAGUUCAAUUUGUUAAGCGAAGACAAGACGCGCUUCAAGAUGAAGGUUGAGGCGAAAAAACCAGGCCUGUGUAAAAUACACAAUGCACGAUUCUAUAACUUACCACCGCGUGCAAUCAAUAGCAUGUCUUACAAUCCGGAGACGUCUUGGCUGGCAUUGACACGGGAUGAUGCUUCGAUUGAAAUUUGGAAUAUUCAGCAUGCACCUUACCUUCAACAAACAAUAGCUGGUUCAGCAAUCGCUUCAAUCGAGGCGAUUUCUUGGUGUGGCAAUCGAUUGUUCAGCACCGGUUUGACCGGUGAAUUGAUUGAAUAUGAUUUGCGUACACAACAAGCCAGGCAUAGGCUUCUAUUGACUGGAAAUGCGGCUUGGUGCAUGGAUAUCAAUCGACAGCGAACACAUUUGAUUGCCGGCACAGACAGUGGUUUUUUGAAUUUAUUCGACGUUAGUUACGAGAAUGAAGUCAAUUUUGUGAAAGUGUUCGAUAAACAAGACGGCAAAAUUCUAUGCUGUAAAUUCGAUCCGACUGGUGAAUUUGUGGCCACCGGUUCGGCGGAUGCCAUUCGUUUGUGGGAGCUGAAAACGGGUCAUGCCAUUUACAAAAUGUCCGUUGGUCGCAGUGAAGCAAAAAAGGAAACAAUCGUUUGGAGUUUACAAGUGUUGAAAGAUUUGGUAAUUAUAGCUGGAGAUUCGCGUGGCCAUAUCACUGUUUGGGAUGGCAAAUUGGGCGCACAAAUCGAUAAUUUCCAAGCAACGACGUGCGGUGAUGUUCUAGCCGUGACUGUCAAUGAAGAUGAAACAAUAUUUGCGUGUGCUGGAAUCAAUCCGAAAAUUCGAUGCUUUGCAUUGACCGAAGUGAAAAGGGGAGACACAAUUACAAAGAGCUGGGUGAAAUUUGUCCAACGAUCAGUUCAUGAGCAUGAUGUUAAAGCAUUGCAAUUUGUUGGUUCACGCAUUUUUUCGGGCGGCGUUGAUGGUUAUCUCGGCCUUUCGAAUUCAUCGAAAAUCAAAGGUACCCAAACAACCAGCAGAUAUGGACCAUUUUUAGAAUCACCAUCAUCCGUUUUGGCAGCGCAGAAACGCGUUUUAUUGCUGAAAUAUCCAAAUUAUCUGGAAGUUUGGCGGCUGGGCGUGCCCACUGCAAACGUUCAACUGGUUGACGAUGAAUCGGAAAAGAGGAAAUAUUUAACGCUACAGGAGAAUUUGCACAAAUUGGUCGAACUUCGUACGGUAGAUGAUGCUUUGAUCGUGUGCACAACCAUCUCACCAAAUGGAGAGUUUGUCCUAUACUCGACCAGUGAAACAGUUCGACUGUUUCAUUUGACUUAUGAGAAUAACAAAGUGGGUAUUAUCAACCGCUUAAAGGAUUUACCAGAGCAGUUUACAGCAUGUCGAAAGAGUGUAUUUUCAUCCGAUUCGCAAACGAUAUAUUUGGCAAAAUCAGGCCUAACCGUUGAUGUACUUAGACUACUUAUAAGUGAAGACGCUGUUGAUAUCGACUUUGAAAGUUCAAUAGACCUGAGUAAAACACUCAAAGGGCCUAUUUCGCAUAUGAUUUUGUCUGACUGUGGUAACUAUUUGGUAUGCGCUGAUAUUUGCUGUAAUAUCACAGUGUGGCGUCAAAAUAAGCGGAGUUGGUCGCAUCACAUCAACUUACCCAAAUACCAUGUGUCACCAGUCAGCAUUGCCAUACACAAAAACUCGCCAAAACUUGUGGCCGCAUUUGCCGAUGGCAAAAUAUUCGAAUAUCAUUUGGAAGAAAUGAAAUUCCUCUGCGCUACAACCACAUUAUUCUUGGAAAAUCAAGAUAGAUUCCCCAUCAAAAAUAUCGCUCCCGAUCCGAAUAACGAAGACAUUUUCACCGUGCAUAAUGAUACACACUUGUUUGUGCUUAAGAAGCAAUUGACACGUUCAAGUGGAAAUAAUUCGAAGCGGGCGAAGGCAUCAGUUGAUGAUGAUGAGGAAAAUGUGGCCAACUUGGUAUGCACUAGUCGUUUUAGCUAUGAACAUCUUCUUAACAUCAACUGGUUGAACGAUUCAGAACUGGUUGCCGUUGGCGUCAAUCCAAUUACAAUGAUCGCCCAGCUACCGUCAUCACUCAAGGAGAAGCGAUUUGGCGUAUCAUAAAUUAAAUAUAUAUUUUAAGGCUAGUUAUGACUUUAAACAAAAAUGAUGUUGAACGAAUCAUUCGGGUUGAAUAAAUGAUUAUGAUCAAAUGAUUCGAAA